CUGAAUCCGGAAGUGGUCCCCGAGGACGAGUUGCGGCUGAGGACCCCGCAGUGGUGCCAGCUUGGGGACCAUGAGCUGGAUUCCUUUCAAGAUUGCGCAGCCCAAGAAACAGAUUGUCUCCAAAACAGUGGAGAGAGACUUUGAAAGAGAGUAUGGAAAACUCCAGCAUUUGGAAGAGCAAACCAAAAAGCUGCAGAAGGACAUGAAGAAGAGCGCCGACGCCGACCUGGCCAUGUCCAAAUCUGCUGUGAAGAUCUCCUUGGAUUUACUCUCCAACCCCCUCUGCGAGCAAGACCAGGACUUUCUGAACAUGGUGACAGCUCUGGACACAGCCAUGAAGCGGAUGGACGCCUUCAACCAGGAAAAGGUGAACCAGAUCCAAAAGACUGUGAUUGAACCUUUGAAAAAGUUCAGCAGCGUCUUCCCAAGCCUCAACAUGGCAGUCAAGCGGCGAGAGCAGGUCUUGCAGGACUACAGGAGACUGCAGGCCAAGGUGGAGAAGUAUGAGGAGAAGGAGAAGACAGGGCCAGUGCUGGCCAAACUCCACCAGGCCCGAGAAGAACUAAGGCCUGUGCGGGAUGACUUUGAGGCCAAAAACAAGCAGCUCCUGGAUGAGAUGCCAAGGUUCUACAACAGCCGGCUCGACUACUUCCAGCCCAGCUUUGAGUCUCUGAUCCGAGCCCAGGUGGUGUACUACUCAGAAAUGCAUAAGAUCUUCGGGGACCUGACCCAGCAGCUUGACCAGCCUGGCCACCUGGAUGAGCAGCGGGAACGGGAGAACGAAGCGAAACUGAGCGAGCUCAGAGCCCUCUCCAUCGUGGCCGAUGACUGACAUGCUCCUCCCUGCGAAGGCUCCUGGGAUCCAAGUCAGCCUCUCGCCUCUGCCCCUUUCAAGCUUAGGCUUAGACAUCAGCCAGCCAAAGGCCUUCUCUGGGAGGAGCGCGGCCGCCGGCGGGCUGGGGAGCAGUGGCUCAGCUCUGCCCGCCAGCCCUUUGGAAGCAUCCGGCCUGACGCCAGAGCCCUAAGCAAGCGGCCACCUCCCCACCCGUAGCAAGAGCCCACAGAAAGGUAAGGUGCGGCGAAAGCCUCAGGGGCCUUCCGAGAGCCGGCCGGAGCACUUCCCGGCCUGGGCCCGAACGAGCCUGCAGGGCAAGGGCUUUGUCGGUGCACUGGAGCCUGGUUUGUGUGGUCGGGAUCACAUCUACCUCCCGAUGACCGGUGCUGGUGAGCCCCCCACCUUUGCUGUCUCCCCGCUUCCAAGGACUCAUCUGAGAGGCCCAGGACACUGCCCUAUAGGGCCUUUGAGCUGCAACGCAGCCUCCUCACGCAAGAGGCUGGCUUAGCCCACUUCUUUACCUUAUGUCAAGCGCAGGGACGAGCCCCACCAACCCAAGUCCCGUAGGUUCCCUAGGACUCUCGACUCAUGUAAAUGUUGUACCACACAGAAUGUCACCCCCAAGUCAGAGGCCUCAAAGCAAGAACACUAUUGGGUUUGUUCACCUGAAUAAUUGGAAUUUUAUUUUUUCAAGUAAAGUUUUCAAUAAAAUUUCCACAUACUGUGCUGUAGCUGAGGAGCGCCAGGCCAGCUCAGUCGGCUCAGGGUUACGCUGCCCCCUGCUGAGCUAGCAGGACCUUGGCGGCUCAGUCUCUUCCCCCUGCUGUGCCCGCCCAGAGGGGCUACCCCGCCAUCCAGCACAGGCUGGGCGAGGGCCAGGAGGGGAGAAGAGGACGGGAAGAGCGAUGGAGGACACAAGGUCUGUUUUUGACUUUGGUUUAUUUAAAAAACAAAAAGCCAAAAGAAAAAACCAACUUUAUAUACAAAGUCAAACUGAAACCACGGAUUAUGGAAAGAGGCGAGAAUUACGGGGAACAGGGGAGAAGGCUGGGCCAGAGCCAAUACCACAUUCUGAACACGGGGAGCCAGGGGAGAGGCGCUGGUUUCUUCCGGCGAGUCUGGGGUGGCCGUAACAGCGUGCACUGGCAGACACAGCCCGACGCAGCUCGCUAGCGCUGGCUCCGGCCCUGUGGUGGCCACGGGAGCCCCUGCCCAAGAACCUGCUCCUGGAACCUAACGGGCUUUGUGCCGUCCAGAGGAAGGGGCUCUCACCCCAGCCAGCUUCCACAGCUGUUUCUUCAGUUUAUUGGCAUCAGACCUUAUGACAUACUCAAAAAGCCUUUUCCUCCCCGUCUUACUCUAAACUGGAAGAGGACAGGAGAAAGUCAGCACAAGACUAAAGGGCCCCAGGAGAAUCCCCAGGGAGAGGGCAAAAUGACAUUCGAGGGGUGCAGAAGAUGUUGUGUUGGAUUUAGUUGUAACCGGAACCGGGGUUCCUCGCUUGUCUGUCCCACGUAGCAGACAGACCCCACCCUGACGGCCUGGCCUCCCCUAGAGGCUGAGCACAGGGGUCAGCCACCCCCUGCCUAUGGCUCCCAGGUCCUGCUCCAGCUUCUUUCUGGGACCAAAAGGGCUGAAACUUCAGGCUCCAUCGCUGACCUCACAGGAUGGCAGCUCCUGUGCCAGGGCCCUCAGUUGCUCGGUGCCGGCUCCUCCUUCUCUACCCAGCUGUCAGCCUGUUUGAAACAGAUGUAACAAGAAUUAAGACUCAUUAGGGGUGAGAUCCGAGGACUGAGCACCUGCUCCCGGGAGACCCCUGGCGGCAAGCUGCCAGUGAUGGCUUCCUGAAGACACUGGAGGGAGUGGGGAGCCUGGCGCCAACAGGCCUGGCUGUCACACACACCCCACCCCCCAUCUCCCAACCCAACAGAAGGCAGCUCUCUCCAGGGAGCUCACCUUUUCAACCAUCCGCUGCAUCUCAAGCUGCAGGGGGGUCAGGCGCCUUCGGAACUCCUGUAACAGCCGCUGCAGCUGGUUCUUCUGUCGUUCAGCUGUUCGGGCCGUCUCCUCAGCCUCGGCCAACCGGGUUCGCAGCUCCUGCAUUUCUGCGGCCAGUGUCUUGUUUGUUACUUCAGUGGCUGAGAAACGGUUAUGGCUCUCCUCUGAGAAGGAAACACCAAAAAGACUACUGCUAAGUCAAGGACUAGUGCAUGGGGUGAGAGGCCUAAAGCCUGGGGUGGCAGGGUCUCCCCAUUAGUCUCUGAAUAGAAAACAUCUCUCCAUGCCCCACCCACGCCAGGCCCCUGUGGCUUCGGGCCACUCACCCAGCUUUAGUUCCAGUGUGUGAAUCUUGUUCUCCAGGUACAGCCGCCCACUAUCCUGCUGCUCCGCACGCUGCAACAGAUUCCCCACGUUGAUCAGGCUGCCGUUGUGGGACACCAGGCCUUUGUGUUCCGUGGGGGCAGCACUUGGCUUUGGGCUUUUCCCAGAAGGAGGUAGCAGGUCCAGGUUUCCUAGAAGGGGCCGUGGGAAAAAUGUGAGGAAAGUCUCAGGAGAGUAGCGGCCCGGCAAUCGUGCACAGGAAGCUAUGGAGCACCAGCACGUACCGAAGAGCGCCUCCUCAGGAAGCCCGCCAUCUGUGCCCUCCUGGCGGCUGUACUGAAGGCUCCGGUACUGGCAAAUAUUCUGGGUCACCACCCUGCUGACCAGCUGCUUGGCCUGCAGAGAACACAGCCCCAAGAUACCCGCUCAGGAGACAGGCCAGCCCUCGCCCCUGUGAGCUAUAAGAACCCAGAACAGCAGCAUUCCAAGAUGCCCACUGGCACCGGGCGUGUGUGCUACUGCACACGUCUGCUGGGUGAGGCCACCUCAGGAGCGGGUACCUGCUCUGCACUGAGCCGGAGCCCAAGGGUGAGCAGGAUCUUCUCCAAGUCUCGCCGGUGCAAGUAACCACACCAGUUGGCAUCAAAGAAGACAAAAGCAAGAAGACAGUCCAAAGGGAGCACAGCUGAGGGGUCCAGUUCCUUGGGCUGCAAAAGAAUCAGGAUGAACAGGAUUUACAAAUAGUUCUCCCAAUGGCUAAAAUCAUGCAGGAUGUAGACUUUCUAAAGUCCAGCAGCUUGGCUGACAGUCACCCCCACUGGGCCUUCCAGUUAGAUGACCAUGGGCCAGGUGGGGCCCCCAGGCCUGCUGGAGCAUUUCUGACCCAGGGGCUGUCACCUCCAGAGGAACCAGUGUGCCCCUAGAUCAGACACCUAGCUCAGACGCCUCUGGCUCCUAUGACAAAGCGCCAUUCCCUAGGCCAAGAACCUCUUGUCUUUUGUCCAUCAAAAGGUACCAGAAGUCAUUUGGUAAAAAGCAUCUCUGCCCCAGGAGUGAGGUCUUGCUAAGCUUCACCGGCACUGAAUCCCAGGGGGACAGAAAAGGUCUCACCAUGUCUUGAAGUGAAGAGAACUCCAUCUCAGACUGGUUUGAGGCAACUGACCGGACUUCGGAAUCCUCCAGCUUGGCUCCUGCUACAGAAAGCUUACGAUGAGCUUGGAGCCAGGAUCACAGCAGCCACCCUGGCUCCACACCUGACAGGGAGGCCCUCUGGCCACAGAGCCAGCACCACCAAUCUGCCCGCCUGCGCCUCCACUGGCGUACCAAACUCUUCCUCUCCGUCGUCCCUCAGGAGCAGCAGGUCAGGGUCAAGGGUCAUCUCACAGAGGUCCUCAGAUGCCUCACCCUGGGGCUUCUCUUCCUCCUCGCCCCCAGAAGAUGGGGGCUUUGGCAAAAGCCCAUCUUCCUUCUAGGAAGGAAGCAGACCACAGUGAUGUGCAGGAACUUCACCUUCCACUACUAACAAUUAACAAUGGACAACAUUUGCGUAGCAGUCACGUCCCAGGCACCGUAUCACUCCCAGGCACCAUAUCACAUGCUGAGCAGGCACGGUCCCAUCAGAUGCCUCGCUUUACAGGAGUUCAGAGCCCCAGGGCCACUUCCAGGCACCUGAGGUUCUCCUCAGGAGCCAACUGCAGCCCCGUAGGAAAUUACGUUUACUUUAUAGUAUUUGGGCACAAAGGGAAUAGAUGUGCUUUAGGAAGUGUUAAGAAAUGCAGUGUUCUAGGACCUCCCUGGUGGCACAAGGGGUUAAGACGCAACCUAUGAAGCUAUCCACAGCCACUGCAGCACCAGUUCGAUCCCCAGCCAGGGAGCUACCCACACGGUGCAGCAGACCUCCUUUGUCUUGCCCCCUGUUCCCCUCAGCAGUGUACACUUCAGUCAGUCUGCCUGUUCUGUUCCCCACUCUGUCUCUGGUGAAUCCUCUCACACACCACCACCCCCACACGUCUGGCCUGUACCCCAUUCUUGCAUGCAUGCAUGAGUGAAUCUUUAAAAAAAAAAAAAGAAAUGCAGUGUUCUAGCAACCACUGGAUGAUCAAAACACCUGGUCCUUGCAGCAUUCUUAGCAGAUUUCUGUGCUGCCGCAGUGUGUCAACCACACUUCUCCCGGGUACACACUUACUAGCCGAUGGCCACUGCACCUGAGUACGUGCCAGGGUCAUGAGGCACGUGCAGUGAGAGGACUAGUGAGAGAGCCCCAUAAAGCGCUCAGAGCAGUGCCUGGUAACACACAGCAUGUGAUUUCAGCUCAGCGUACCCAUGAAGCCCGAGUGCCCAUGCGGGAGGCAGAGGUACUCACCGGCGGUGCGUCUGACUCGGCAGCUGUGCCCUCACUCUGUACCUCAUCCUUGGGCUCCUUGGACGCCUCCUCCUUGACUGCUUCUUCCUCCUUGACUGCCUCUUCCUUCUCAGGUUCAGGUGGGGCCACCACCUUUUCAGGAAGGCCCAGCAGCAUCUUAUAAAUCCUAUAGCCAAAAUCCCUCUCCAGCAUCUCCAAAAACAGCUCAGCCAACACCAUCACCUGGUGGAAGAGGCAGCAGGGGCCUGUGAAAACCCAGAGAGUUGCAAGCCCACCAUUCCACAUGCCCUACCUCAGCCUCCCAGAUGCCUACCUCAAAAGAGACCCUCUCUUUUGGCCUCCGAUCUUCCACAAUACUAUGGAGGGACAGGCUUACACAACCAGGGCGUGCCAUGACAGCAGGUUCUAGAGGGGGUGGAGGGGCCUCUGGGAGAUCAGUGUCCACUUCUUGCUGGGCCGUAACCUCUGGAUUCUCUGCGUUCUGUUUGGAAGUAUCUGUUGCUUGCUCUGAAGUAUCAGCUGCCUGUUCUGUAGACUCCAUUUCCUGGGACAAAAAUCACAGGCUUUGACCACCUGGGUCCAAGGCUCAGGGCACUUACCAUCCUAGCUUGUUCCUAACGUUCAGCCUUACCGCUGGGACUUCUGGGGCUGGGGCUGCAGCCUCUGCAGCUUUCUGCUGACACAAAGCCUCCCACUCCUCCAAAGGAGGCAUGAUGGUCCAGAUGUCCGGCAGGUAUACCACCACAGUCUGGAGCCGCCGCGGGGGUCCUGGCUGCAGGUAUUGAAACUCAGCAAAGCGCCACCUGCUCACAAGAAAAAGGGAAAAUGUGGGCUGACCCAUGGCUUUCCCCAGCAUCUGCUUCAGUUUCCAAACAUUUAUUGAGUACAAACUGCAUGCCAAGCUUUGCAAGUACAAAAAUAAAAGAUACAGACUGAGGGCCCAAGAAAUGGUUAAGCCAUGGGGAGAAACCCAAGCAGACAAUUACUACCCAAGGCACCAAUAUGGAGCUGAGGGUGACGGAAUGAGCCUUGGCAGGUCAACUGGCCUUCAACACACAUACACAGCCCUAGUCAUGCUCAAGACCAGGGCAACCAUUUGUGAGGCCUGAACAAGGAGACAGAGGCAAAUUAACAGGCCAGGAAGUCACAGAAGCUUGGUUUCCUGAACCUUCUCACCAGCCCCAUUGCCAGCCGCAGACGAGUUCAGGGGAACUACUCACCACUUUGUGCAGGCGCUCAAGUCGAUGCCUGUCUGGGCUUGCGCACAGCGGAUGGCAGUGCGAACCAGCACCUGUGGGUCGCCCUUGGGGUCGAGGCCAUCCAGAGAAGGAGACCACUCACCCCCAACCAGCACUGCCUCCUCUUCUUUCCGGCCCAACAAAAACUGCAGAAAAAAUGACCGAGAUCAGGGCUCCCACUGCGGAACAGCCUGCCACCACCGUAGAAUGCAGGCAGCAUGAGGGUAGAUAACACGGGGAGUUAUUGAACAGUCCAGCCACUCUUUAUAAAGUAAGAAGAUCAGAGCUAUGCUGUCUCUCUGCAAAAUGAGUGUUAUUUUUACCUCAAAACUCUUUGUGAUUUCAUGAACAGGAGCUGAACUGCCGAAAAUCUGACAUGACCUAUACACUAUCAAUGAUUGUGCCAUGCCUCCUGGGCUCCAGCUCUUACCUUAAUCUGCUUCAGAGGAUGUUCUGGCGUCUCCCUUGGCUCAGCCAUGUCAUCCACAAAGAGCAUACAACAACGAUACAAUUCCUCCAACCCUGGGGAAGAGAGCAGCAGUACCUGUGCAGGGCAGUGAGAAGGAAAUACUCAUAAGCCUCUUCAGGCCCCAACAGUGGGCUAAAGCUGCAGGACCCCAGCCAACUGACCUUGGAACUGUAAGCGGGGUCACUGUCUGCAGAGCUGGGCUCAGCACUGGUGUCUGGAGCUGGCUCCUUCUCAGAAGAUACCUGAAUCCGACUUGGGUGAUGGAGGGAAAAGGGCUGGCUCAGAGGAAAGGCCGACAGCCAGCUCAGAUGCACGGCCAGAAAACCAGAAGGGACCAGGAGGUGGCGGUAACGGCGCUGGAGUUCUAAGAAGUCACAGGUGGGGCUGCAGGGAGAAUGCAAGGGAUCCAGAUUGAGCAAAGGUUAAAUUAUUCUUAAAAUGGAACCAUGAAAGACUUGGAAGAAAAUGGGCAAGUAAUUUUAUAAUCUACAAAAAAACUAAGACACCGCUGAAAAGGAUGGCUAACCAUAUGAAAUGUUACAACUUCUAGUGACAGAGCAAAAUCAAACUGGGGAAAAAAAAAAAACAGGGAAACCGUUUGCAAUACAUGACAGAGAAAAGCAUUACUGAAGUAAUAUAAAAGGAACCCACAAAUCAAUAAUGAAAAGUUUACAAGCUUAAAGAAAAAUGGGGUAACUGACAUCAACAGGUACUUAUGAACAGAAAAAGGAAUGAAACGUAGCAGGUCAUGGAAAGAUGUUCAAUCUCACUGAUAACUAAACAAAUGCAAAUCAGAAUAUCACUUUUCACCUAUCACACUAACAGAGAUCAAAGUUUGGUAAUAACGUUGGCAAAGACAUGGAGAAAUAAGCACUUCAUUCCCCACUGAUGACACUGUAAAUUGACUUCAAAUGACUGGCUGAUACCUAUCAACAUUUAAAUAAAACCCUUUGUGCCAGUUACUCCAUUUCUAGGAACUGAUCUAGAUAAAAUGCAUCUACACGCACAGAUGUGUGCAGAAGGAUGUUUAUAAUAUUUAGAAUAAUUAGACUAAAAGCAGAAAACUGGUUAAGUAAAUUAUGAUUUCACCCAUUCAAUGGAAUACCAUGCAGUUGCUAAAGAGGAUGACAUCAAUAUAAUAAAUGUUAAUGUGGAUUAAGUUCUGAGAAACCUGAAGUGAAAAAGCAAAGAACCAGUGUGUACAAAAGGCUUUCAUUUGUUUCAAAAAAAAAAAGUUUGUAAGUACACAAGUACACAUGCACACACACACACACACACACACACACUUGUACACACGUAUCUCAUUCGUACAAGAAGUUAUGACCAGUUGCAAAUCUCAACCCACCCCAGCCUUGCACUCACCUGUCCACAGUAUAGGGAGUAAGAUGGACCCGGUAAGGAGGCAGAUCAUGCCUUGGUUUCUUAGCACCCCAAGGCUCCCCACCAGCCCGCUGCUUGCGUUUCUUGGAGUCAUAGUCAUCGCUGGAGAUUGAUCCAUCACCAGAAAGAGGAAACCACAUUGUUACAUACAGACUCAAAACAGACUAGCCUAAAAGAACUGGAAACAAACUGAACCCCCAACAGUGAAAAAAAUGGGUAAAGCAGCCAUGUUACCCCCACCACGUUUAAUAGUCUGUUAUAAAGAUAUUAAAAUGGGUUUUUCUUGGUUUUUGAAAGUGGAUAUUUAAAUGUUUUUAACAAUAGAAAAAAAUACUCAGGUUAAGCAAAAAGAAGAAUAUGCAACACUACCUCAACUGUGCAAAAAAAGCUUUAUUACUGAAAAGAAAGCACUAAUGGUGGAUGCCUCUGGCUGAUAUGGCUUAUAUUUUGUUUUUCUGAAUGUUGUAAAUUAUAGUCAGCAUGCAAUUUUUGAACUGAUAAGAAAAAAACUGAUUUUUUUUCCCAACAAGACAGACAUAAGGUAUCAUGCCAAGGGCUCAACAAAGUUAAUUUUAUUAGAAGAGACAAUUCCUUAUUAAGAACAAACAAAUCCCUAAUAGUACAUAUUAAGGUCAUAAAAAUACUCAAACCCUUUGAUCUAAUAAUGCCACUGUUAAAAAUUAUCCCAAGGGAAUUAAUUCAAAAGAAGAAAAGAAGUUUUAUGUAGGGGGGAAAAAGCAAAGCAGCAAAAGCUAAUAGUAAGAAAGCCACAAUCAAAUCCAGCAAUACCUGAGUUUUUAUAGUAAAUAAACACAGUAAUCAGGCAGCCAUUAAAACUACCAUGAGGAUUACAAUGCAACAUGGGAAAUGUGGAAGAGUAAGAAUAAUUUUAACUGUAAGAUUAAAAUUAUAAAAGUGGGCCUCCCCUGCUGGCGCAGCGGUUGAGCUGCUCCCCUCAGCAGUGUAUUUUGUCACUCUGCCUUUUCUGUUCCCUGCUCUGGUUCUGGUGAAUUCUCUCCCCCUCCCGCGCUUCUGAUGUACCCAGUGCUUGUAUAAAUAAAUAAAUCUUAUAAAAAAUUUUCAGUUUUAAAAAAAAAUUAUGAAAGUAUACAUUUAUUUAUAAAGGCCAACAGUGUAGGGGAAGUGGCAACCAAGUACUUUUCUAAUAGCCUUUAAGAAUGGUUACUUUUUAAAGGAAAGGAAAUGAUACAAUUUUACAGUAUUUUUGUUUUCUGGAAUAGUUGAUACUACUUUAUACAUUUUUGUAACAAAUCAUUUACUGUGGUGUGACUAAGUUAAGGGUGCCAUAAAUAAAAGCAGUAGAAGAGAAACAAACCUCAAGAGCCUUAUAAAAUGGUAAACUGAUAGAAAAUCUCUUGUGUCUCAUGAGAGAAAUAAAGUCAACUGUCAAUUCUUCACAUCAAGGUAACCGAGUUGAUUUUAUUUACCAAAAGUUCUCUGUUCUUUCCUUUUAGACCUUCCUGGGUUGUUUCCCUCAUCAUCAUAUCCCUCGGUAACUAAGCUGAUUAUAUUUAACACAACUUUUUUGUUCCUUUCUCUUUUAUCUGCCGGGGUAAUGUCCCUGUUCAGGCAUCUCAAUCCAAAACCUGCCUUCUUAUCUUGGCCUUAUGGGAUGUCAACAGUUCAUAUUUCUAAGAGAAGAACCUUCCAGGGCUUCCCUGGUGGUGCAAGGGGUUAAGAUGCAGCCUAUGAAGCUAUCCGCAGCCACUGCAGCAGAAGUUCGAUCCCCAGCCAGGCAGGGAGCAACCCACAUGGCGCAGCAGAUCUCUCCUGCCUCGCCCACUGCUCCCCUCAGCAGUAUGUUUCAGUACAUCUGCCUGUUCUGCUCCCCACUCUGUCUCUGGUGGGUCCUCUCACCCCCCACAUCUCUGGCCUGCACCCCGAUCUUGUAUGUAUAAAUAAAUCUUUAAAAGAAAAAAAAAAGGGAGAACCUUCCAAAGUCAUUAGACAAUUCUUUUUCAGCCUACACAUACUGAACUCUUGAGUAAAUGCUAUCAACCUCUAGUUCAACUGGAUGUUCCACUGAAUCCUGUGGAUUCUAGUCACUUUUCUCACCUUAUAUGAACUAACACAGCAGGUUAGAAGACAGUAACCUCAGCACGACAGAGCAGGUCUCCUAUCUAAAACCUCAGUAGUUUAGCUUUGGUGGGGCAAUGGUGACUGUUCCUGCAUCCCAGAGUGUAAGGAUCAAAAUAAAACUUGGCUUCCUGUCAAAACACUAAUGUGGCUGACUCCUUUAUAAAUCAACGUAUUCCCCCCAGAGUGACCUAAUUCAACUGCCCCGUUCCCACUCUGCAAAUUCUCUGUAUUCACUGAUAGCAAUAUCUC